AUGCAGUUUAAUUACUGCAGAGAUAUUCUGACGAUUUCAAGCUCGGGACUAAAAUCAUUGAAAAAACGAUUUUCUGGUGCAGAGACUCCUGGAAAAAUAUUUAAUAAGAAAGGUAACCCAGAAAAAGUGGAAACCUCUGAAAAUGAAAAUAUAUUGAGUGGCACGGAGACCAAUGUCGGAGAACGGAUGUUUCAACCAGCCACAGCAGGCACUCAGUCAGCGCGAACAACAUUUGAAGCACGAAUAAACGAAAACAAACACAGUCUGGCACUACGCUGCUCACCCAUCUAUAGAAUUAUGAAGCAGAAACUAACACAAAUGUUAAAUAGUGUAUGA